AUGUCUGAAGAUGUUGAUACGCACAUCACUGAUAAAUAUGAACUACAUAAGCGGCUCGGUAAAGGUGCUUACGGUAUCGUUUGGAAAGCGAUCGAUAGGAGAUCGAAAGACACUGUUGCAUUGAAGAAGAUUUUUGACGCAUUCCGCAACCAGACAGAUGCGCAACGAACGUUCCGCGAGAUUAUGUUCUUGCAAGAGUUCGGUCGGCAUCCGAAUAUCAUCAAGUUGUACAAUAUUAUCAAAGCUGACAACGACAGGUAUCGCUACCUUCAUCCAUCUCCUUUUCCUAUCUCACUCGGAUGUUCCUCUGAAGAAGUGAGAGUAGAGAAACCGUAUCGUUUUUAUUCGAAUUUGGUGUAUGUUAACGAAUAA